AUGAGAGUUAUUUUUGCCAGCUGUACGAUUGUAAAUAAAGGUAUUAUAAAAUCAUCAAUAAGUGGUGAAUGUGGAUCGACACAUGAAUCCUAUAAAAUAGUCGGUUCAUCAAAAUUAGGUAAAUAUAAUCGAGCUGCUGUUGCUGUUGAUAAUGAAGAAUGUUCACGUAUUGGAAAAACAAUAUUAUUAAAAGGUGGAAAAGCAGCUGAUGCUGGAAUAGCUGCUUCUCUUUGUAAUGGAGUUUUAAAUGCACAUUCAAUGGGUAUUGGAGGUGGAUGUAUUUUUAUUAUUUAUUCAAGAAAACGUGGAAAAGCAUAUAGUAUUGUUGAACGUGAAUCGGCUCCAUUGUCUUCCAAUAAAUCAAUGUUUAUUGGAAAAGAAAACAUGUCUUUGAUUGGUCCAUUGUCGAUUGCAACACCCGGUGAAUUACUUGCAUAUCGUAAAGCAUAUGAAGAAUUUGGUGGUGGUGUUCCUUGGUCAACAUUAUUUACUCCAACAAUUCGAUUAUGUGAAAAAGGAUUUCAAGUCAGUCAAGCUCUUGCUUAUGCUAUUCAAAUCAAUAAAGAACGUAUUAUCAAUGAUCCACAACUCAGAGAAGUGUUUGUUAAAAAUAAUUUAACAAAUGAAGUUUAUCACGAAGGAGAUACGAUGAAAAGAAUUAAAUUGGCUAAAACAUUACGUAGAAUUAGUGAAGAAGGUAUUGAUAUUUUUUAUAAUGGAGAUUUAGGAGAUCAAGUUAUUCAUGAAAUUCAAAAUAAAGGUGGAAUAUUAACUCGAGAUGAUCUUCGUCAAUAUAAACUCGAUUUUUCCGAAUCAAUAUUUGUAAAUUUAACCGAUGAAUUAAUAGGUUAUACAAGUUCAGCACCAUCAAGUGGUCCUAUUCUUAUAUUUAUUCUUAAUAUUCUCCUUGAUUACAAUUUUAGUCGAAAUUCGUUGAAUUCAAGUGAAAGUGUAUCACUUUUUUAUCAUCGAUUAAUCGAAGCAUUUAAAUUUGCUUUUGCUAAACGAACAGAAUUAGGAGAUCCUUUGAAAAUAAAUCUUAAACAAUUUAUUUCUAAUUUAAUAUCGAAAGAAUAUGCUAAGAGUAUUCGUCAAAAAAUUCAUGAUGAAAAGACUUUUGCAGAAGAAUAUUAUGGAUAUAAUACAAGUAAAAGACAAUCAUUGAGUGGAGGAACUGCUCAUAUAUCAAUUGUUGAUGAACAUGGUGAUGCUCUAGCCAUUACAUCGACUAUUAAUACAUAUUUUGGUUCAAUGAUCGUUGGUGCUCAAACAGGAAUAAUUUACAAUAAUGAAAUGGAUGAUUUUUCAAUAGCAAAUAAAAUAAAUUAUCAUGGAUUUAGUGCAUCACCUAAUAAUUACAUCGGACCUGGAAAACGACCUGUUUCUUCCCAAUCUCCAUUAAUUAUUGUUGAUAAACAAGGAAAUAUUCGACAGGUAUUAGGAGCAAGUGGAGGAAUGAAAAUUCCAACAAGUGUUGCUCAAGUUGCUUUACUUAAUCUUCUAUUUGAUAAAAAUAUAAAAGAAUCUAUUGAUCAUCCAAGAAUACAUCAUCAUUUGUCUCCAAAUGAAAUUAUCUUUGAAGAAACAUUUGAUCAAAAUAUAUUAAAUGAACUUCGACGACGUGGACAUAAAACGACAUGUACAUCAUAUGGAGGUUCUGUUGUACAAGGUAUUGAAUGGCGUUUACAAGAAAAACAAUAUUGGGCCAAUUGUGAUAUACGAAAAGGUGGAAAUCCUUAUGGAUAUUGA